AUUGACAGCCAUUUUAACGCUUUAAUGAUCCACGUGGGUUUCCACAGGGUUGUGUUCCAAAAUGGCCGACGUUACUGAACUGGACGAGGAGUUUGGUAGAAGCCAGAGCUACCGGGUAGCUACGACACCCUUAGUCGACGAUGGUGGCAAAGGCAAAGAUGGCGCAAAGAAACCGGCGAAGCUUUCUAAGUCUAAGGCCAAGAAGAAGGCAAAGAAGGAAAACCUCGAAGACCUGAAGAAGGAACUAGAAAUUGAUUGGCAUACGAUCUCUUUAGAAGAAGUUUGCAGACGUUUAGAAACCAGCACAGAAACGGGUCUAACAAAAGAAAAAGCUGAGGAAGUUCUUAGGCGGGAUGGUCCAAAUGCACUGACCCCUCCACCUACAACCCCUGAAUGGGUGAAGUUUUGUCGGCAGUUGUUUGGUGGCUUUGCCAUGUUGCUGUGGAUUGGAGCUAUUCUCUGUUUCUUUGCCUACGGCAUUCUAAUAGCUACAGAGGAAGAGCCACCGAAAGAUAAUUUGUACCUUGGAAUUGUGUUGUCUGCUGUUGUCCUUGUUACUGGAAUCUUCUCUUAUUAUCAGGAAGCCAAGAGUUCUCGCAUCAUGGAGAGCUUCAAGAAUCUGGUUCCACAAGAGGCGCACGUCUUGCGUGGUGGUGAAAGACACACAAUCAAUGCAGAACAAGUUGUUGUCGGUGAUAUUAUUUUUGUCAAGGGUGGCGACAGAGUACCUGCUGAUCUGAGAGUAGUGGAAGCCAGAGGUUUCAAGGUAGACAACUCUUCCCUUACUGGUGAAUCUGAGCCACAGAGCAGAGGACCCGACUGUACAAAUGAGAAUCCCCUGGAGACAAGGAACCUGACUUUCUUCUCAACAAAUGGACUGGAAGGGAACUGCAUGGGUAUCGCUGUUCAGACUGGUGAUAACACCGUUAUGGGACGUAUCGCUAACUUGGCCAGUGGUCUUGGAAGUGACAAGACUCCAAUUGCCAUUGAAAUUGAACAUUUCAUUCACCUUAUUACCGGUGUGGCUGUUUUCCUUGGAGUCACGUUUUUCAUCAUUGCUUUCAUCCUGAAAUAUCACUGGCUUGAGGCUGUCAUCUUCUUAAUCGGUAUCAUUGUGGCUAACGUACCAGAGGGGCUUCUUGCUACUGUCACAGUAUGUUUGACACUUACUGCCAAGAGAAUGGCUUCCAAGAACUGCUUGGUAAAGAAUCUUGAGGCUGUAGAAACUCUUGGAAGUACAUCAACCAUUUGUUCUGACAAGACUGGAACUUUAACGCAAAACAGAAUGACAGUGGCUCAUAUGUGGUUCGAUAAUGUAACGAUUGAAGCUGACACAACCGAAGACCAGUCAGGAGUGUCGCACAAUAAGACAUCAGAUACAUGGAAAGCUCUGGCUCGUAUUGCUGCGCUGUGCAACAGAGCUGUGUUUAAAGCAGACCAGGAUCAUAUCCCAAUCUUAAAGAGGGACUGUUCAGGAGAUGCAUCGGAAUCAGCCUUGAUGAAGUACAUUGAAUUGUCAGAGGGAAGCGUGAAAGAAAUUAGAGAAAAACACAAUAAGAUUGCCGAGAUUCCAUUUAACUCCACUAACAAGUACCAAGUCUCAAUCCAUGAGAAUCCUGAUCCUGACGACAAGCGCUAUAUUCUUGUGAUGAAGGGUGCCCCUGAAAGAAUCCUUGAUCGCUGCUCAACCAUCCUAUUCAACGGUGAAGAAAAGGAGCUUGACGAGAAGAUGCAGGAAGCUUUUAAUACUGCUUACCUUGAGCUGGGAGGCAUGGGUGAACGUGUUCUUGGUUUCUGCCAUUUCUUUUUGCCCUUGGAAGAGUUCCCGCCAGGUUUUGAGUUUGUUACAGAUGAGCCUCCUAAUUUCCCACUUGAAAACUUGUGCUUUGUUGGUCUCAUGUCCAUGAUUGAUCCUCCUCGUGCUGCUGUUCCUGAUGCUGUAAGCAAAUGCCGUAGUGCAGGAAUCAAAGUUAUCAUGGUCACUGGUGAUCAUCCAAUCACAGCUAAGGCCAUUGCUAAAGGAGUUGGAAUCAUUUCAGAAGGAACUGAGACAGUAGAGGACAUAGCCACUCGUCUUAACAUUCCAGUUGAGGAGGUCAACCCAAGACAGGCGAAGGCCAUCAUUGUUCAUGGACAACAGCUGAAGGAUAUGACUAGAGAAGACAUUGAUGACAUUCUGGCCCACCACACAGAGAUUGUAUUUGCCAGAACUUCUCCACAGCAGAAGUUGAUCAUUGUAGAAGGCUGUCAGCGACAGGGUGCCAUUGUUGCUGUGACUGGAGAUGGUGUCAACGAUUCUCCAGCCUUGAAGAGAGCAGAUAUUGGUGUUGCAAUGGGCAUUGCUGGCUCGGAUGUAUCCAAACAGGCAGCAGACAUGAUCUUGUUGGAUGACAACUUUGCUUCCAUCGUCACUGGAGUUGAAGAAGGUCGUUUGAUCUUCGACAACUUGAAGAAGUCCAUUGCCUACACACUGACCAGUAACAUCCCUGAGAUCAGCCCCUUCCUCAUGUUCAUCAUUUUGGACAUUCCUCUUCCUCUUGGCACAGUAACCAUUCUGUGUAUUGACUUGGGUACAGACAUGGUUCCUGCCAUCUCACUUGCUUAUGAAAAGGCUGAGUCAGACAUCAUGAAGCGCCAGCCUCGUGAUCCAAUUAAUGACAAACUUGUAAAUGAAAGGCUGAUUGCCAUGGCCUAUGGUCAAAUUGGCAUGAUUCAGGCCACAGCUGGCUUCUUUGUGUACUUUGUAAUCAUGGCAGAGAAUGGAUUUAUUCCCAGAAUGCUGUUUGGCCUGAGAAAACCAUGGGAUAACAAGUCAAUUAAUGAUUUACAAGAUUACUAUGGACAGGAAUGGACUUUCAAUCAACGUAAAAUCCUGGAGUACACCUGCCACACUGCAUUUUUCGUCAGUAUUGUGAUUGUGCAAUGGGCUGAUCUGAUCAUUUGUAAAACCAGGAGAAACUCGCUCUUCACACAAGGAAUGAACAAUUGGUUCUUGAACUUCGGUCUUGUGUUUGAGACCGCAUUAGCUGCGUUGCUGAGUUACACCCCGGGCAUGUCCAACGGACUUCGCAUGUAUCCUUUAGCUUGGCAGUGGUGGUUCCCAGCCAUGCCCUUUAGUUUGGUUAUUUGGAUCUAUGAUGAGAUUCGCCGCUAUAUUCUGCGUAGAUAUCCAGGAUGCUGGCUGGACAAAGAGACCUAUUACUAAACCACAAUUUUUAGCAGACUUCAAUGGCACCAGAAGAUUCAGGCUUCUGCGCGUGUUACCUUUAAGGCCACGAAGUCCUCGCUGUUAUUUGUAUCACUAAUUAUUAUAUAGGUUUACUUUUUCUCAGUGAAAAUUCAAAAUGGGUAAAUCCAUUUUAUUUAGCCAGGAAAAAAAUCAGUAGUUCUGUUAGUAAAGCGUAUUUAAUAACUAGGUAUUUUAACAAUCACUGUGCAAACUAAAAGUUGUAAAAGGUUGAAUCCAAAAUUUUGAUGAUUCGGGGUUUGUUAGAGGUUUCUAUCUAUAAUAACGAAUUCCUGAAACUGUAUGACUGAAUAUUAAUGAAUUGUGGUGUGAUACCAGUUUAAUAUUGCUUUUUUUUUUGUUUGUGUUUUUAACACUCGUGAACAUGGAAGAAAAAAAAUACAUUUGUAUUCCGAUUUAGCACAAUGCAAAUACUUUUCGAAGUGCACAGUUUGAUUUCUUGUGUAGUAAUUUUGUAACAAUAUAAAGCGUGUUUCGUCGUAAUUGUAUAUUUGAAGAAUUGAUCUGCAGGGCGUAGUCGGAUUUUAGAAGAACAAAUACUACAGAUAAAGUUUCUGUUCGAUAGACGGAUUCGGCUAACAUUUUUACGUCAUUGUUGCCGCUCAAUUCAGACCACGUUAUGAUUCAUUUGGAAGGUUACAAUUGUUCAAUUUGUCACACGCAAGUGUAGCAUGUAGAAACAGAACAAUAAUUGUAAUCUCCCAAAUGAAUUAUCACAUCACUUCAACUGGGUGGCAACACGCUAGCCGAAUCCGUCUUUUGAUACGUUUUUCAUUGUGGCUUUAGCUUAGCAUCCUGUGUAGUCUUUUUUAGAUGGUAAACAAAGCAGUUCAAGUACCUUUGGAAUCAUUAUUUCACAUAUUCCUAGAUAAGCAGAAGUGUAAUUUAAUUUUCUUCUCAAUUACGAAAGUGACUUAAAUGUCAGUGAAAAUUUGAAAUAAUUUUGCCAAAUUCUUGGAAUAUAUUUUCCCGUAACGCAAUUUAGGGUUUAGAAAGCGUGUAAGCAUGAUGUAUAGAAACACUUAGCUAUUGAAACACUUAGCAUGUGUUAUCAACACACUUUUGGUGUUGUUGUAAUAAAUGGUAGUGUCGUCAUCAUCAUCGUCAUCAUCAUCAUCAUCAUCAUCAUCAUCAUCAUCAUCAUCAAAAGCAAUAACAACAAUAAUAACGAUAAUAAACAGCAAGAGCAACCUCAGCAGUAACAACAAUAGAAGCAUUACAGAAGCAGCAGCAGCAACAGCAGCAGAGACACAAGACAAACAGCAGCACCAUCCACAUAAGCAGCAGAAGCAAUAAACAGCAACAACAACAGAAGCAACAACAACAACAACAACAAUAACAACAACAACAACAACAACAGCAACAACAACAGCAGGAGCAACCAAAAACAACAUUGCCAGCAGUAGCAACAACUAAUAAUAAAAACAACAAACGACAGCAGCAGCAACAGUUGAAACAAGGAUAGUAGUGGUAACAACAACAACAGCAACAACUACCAUGGUUAAAACAUUGUUUGCUUUCCACUUUCAAUAGUUUUACAUAGGUCAUGGAUGUAUUGCAUAUAAUUCUGCCGGAAUUCUUAGCAAUAAAGAAUCUUGUAAGCCAUUUCACUUUACGGUGAUGCUACAGUUGAAAUUAGAACAAUUGAAUAAUGAUUACUGAAUAUAAAGGUUUUAGUACCUGAUUUAAAUGUGAAAAGGUCAGCCAGUUUCGGAUUGAUAUUCCCAUAUCAUCACAGCACUGAGAACAACGGUUAAAAACGCUAAUUUUUCGCGGUGGCUAGAAAUAAAUUUUUAAUUCAGUGUAUUUUAACGCCCAGACGGGGUUCACAUGGUUAUCGAUAAGUUGUCGAAUAGGAAAAUAGCUCUCAUUGCCUUGAUGAGAAAUUUCGGGAAGUUUUGGGAAAAUAGCAUGCUUACGGAUUGAUUUAGGUUUAUGGUUAGAAAUUAACGGAUUGUAGAGGUUAGGAACCUUUGUGAUCGGCAUCAAAGGUAAUCGAAUUUUAGUGGAGUUCUGUGUGAACCCUGUGAAACCAACUUUGUUGGUAUCCGCGCUUAGCUUUCCAUUUGCCAUCUGAGUAGCACAGAUUUUUCAAAACCCUUCGUAACGUUAACACUUUAGGCAAUCUUUUGAGGAUGAAACGUAAGCUUAGUUCAUUGAACUGUUCAGAAGGUGGAUUUCUACUUUCGAAACGUUUUGUCAUUAAAGGCAAUUUCAUAUCUGCGA